GGCACUGUUUCAUUUUCUGUACGACCUAUAUAUUACUUGUUAAUUUAAAAAAUGUUGUUUUAGUUUAUAUUUUAAUCAAAAUUAGUUUUCAAACCAAAUAGUACUAAAUUUAUUAUCUUCAAACAUUUUUCAUAAUAUUAUUUUAAUUGAAAUGGUGCACAUCUACAUGUUAACGGUUUUCGCAUGUAUUGCCAUGACUUUAGCGAGUGAAACAAACGCAAAAUGUGACAACAAAAUAAUUCAGUGCAUCAAGGACGUCAACGGUGGAUCUUUCCCUGUCAGUUUUCUCACUUCUCUGCAAGUGUUGUGGAACAGCCAAUACUCGAUCGUUUGGUACUCCAGAGGACUUGUGCAGGAGCAAAACUUAACAUGCAUCACCACGAAAUUCAGCCUCCUGGGCAGCAAGGACACCUACCAUAAUGGCUGCACAAGCACUGAACUGAUCGAUUUCAAAACCAGCUUCAAUAUAUGGGAUCACACCUUCACGAUCAGCGAAUACCAAGGGAUGACGUUGAAAGCGUACGCGAUCUACCAUAAGAAAUACUGCCUGGGACUCUAUGUCUGCAGUCCUGACGGAGUGACGGGCUCUCACAUUACCAUCUACUGCCCAACAUCGCAGCUGGCUAGAGCCAACUCUGAGAUUGAGGAGGCCAAGGCAAAGUUCACUGCUUGCCAUAUCAAUGACGGAACCCCCCUCUGUGACCAGAAGUGUAACUGACGUGUAAACUCGAAAAGAAAUCCAAUAAAAUAAUCUGUGUACAAAAUUAAAUGAUUUAAAACACAAGUUAA